UCACUUGCUAAACUUGGACAGGGAGCGUCGCAAACCCCCCUGUCAGCUGUUGCGCCGCGCACAUUCUAUUGAAGGCGUACAACCCAGACCCAUCGCCUUGGGGAUGCCCGUUAUAUAAAACGGUCAAACAACCUCUGGUGUUUUCCAGAAAACGUUUAGACUACAAAGAGGAAGCUCCACUGGACUUAACAAGUACACUUACGUGUAUAUAUAGACCGCAUUAACUGGAGAGUCAAUGUGUUUACUGAGCUUUUCGGGAAGAGAAAGGUGGCAUUUUAUAUUUUCUAUACUCUCCGGUAAACUGAAAUACGCAGGUGAUAUAAGCUUCCUAAACUUGGGCGUAGCGAAUAACAGUUUUUAAAAAACUUAAAAGAAAGUUUUCGCUUAGUUCUUCAGGCGAAUUAAACAAUGGCGGAAGGAGACUUCUACCCCAUGGGCAGCAGACAGAGGAUGUCGAGGGACCCCUUCAGAGAUCAGUCACUUGCUUCUCGCUUCAUGGAUGACGACUUUGGAAUUCCGCCUUUUCCCGAUGACCUCUCCAUGGACUGGCCGGGCUGGGCUCGACCUCGACUGAGCACUCGAUUGGGCUCGCCCUGGUCGGGAUCCAUGCGUUCGGGUUUCCCUCGCUCGUCCACGGGUGUUACCCCAGCCGCUGGGUUCAGCUCAAGGUACAGCGAGCCCCGCAACUCACCCGUCACUGUCCCCGGCGAGCCAUGGAAAGUUUGUGUGAAUGUACACAGCUUUAAACCAGAGGAGCUUAACGUCAAAACUAAGGACGGCUUUGUAGAAGUGUCAGGAAAACAUGAGGAAAAACAAGAGGAGGGAAGCAUUGUAACCAAAAACUUCACCAAGAAAAUCCAAAUACCAGUGGAUGUGGAUCCUCUCACAGUUUUUGCCUCUUUGUCUCCUGAGGGGGUCCUCAUAAUUGAGGCACACCAGACCCCCCCUUAUUACCUCUACAGCAGUGAAUACCCCAAAGACAAGGCGGAAGAGACGGAGCUCAAAACUCAGGAAACCCCUGUGGCUUAGCAAUAAAUCCAAUCAGUUCAUUGUACUAGAAUGCAGCCUGCCUCAAAGGAGCUAGCUUCCGGCUGAUCAUGACAAUACACCUCAAGGACAAAGGGAACCGCUGGAUGAUCCCGUGAUGUUGAGUGUGGGCCCCUUUGGCUGAACAGGAGUAAACAUACUACGGUAGCUGGUUUUCUGCAUGCGUCCGCCCUCUGUAUAACACAUCUUUCAUCAUGAGUCACAUGAUGCAGACCAUGAUGCAAAUGGGCUGAUUAACAGGGUGUUGUGUCUGCAACGUGUUGUGUCUUUUCAAGGUUGUGUUUAACCACCCAAGUCUGCCUUUGUGGAUUUGCUCAAAGGAGGCAAUGCAAUAUGAUAUUAAAAUUGAUAUGCAAGUGUAUGCACCUCAUCUAGCAAUGGGGCGAGUUCUUAUUCUGACAAGUUGGAGAGUUUUAUAGCAAGCAACACCUUCAACCAUAAGAGUUUGUGAUAUGAGUAUACCAAUGUUUUACCAACUGUAAAUAAUUUGUUUUGAAGAAAGCCAUACAUCAAUUAGUUCAAGUGAAGUUAUAGAGGUCUUACAAACUAGUGUUCUUUGCCUUUUUUUUACUUGUACAUGUUAAGAUGAUGUAUGUUGUGAAAAACAAAUUUUUGACAGGGCUGUACCAGAUGUCUUUAUAAUGUUUAUGCAAUAAAACUUACUGUUGCUUCCCUGCUCCAU